AUGAACAACAUCUUUGGCGAGAGACGACCAUAUCUGGUAAUUCGCGACACCGCAGACGAUGCCACGCGGAUUUCCUCAGAGGAGACUUCCCACCCGACACCUGCCUGGGUAAAAGCUUCUUGGAAAAAAGAUUUCCACAUGUCUCCCUUCAAUUCUCGCAAAGGGUCUUAUUCCAUGCUGGCCAGAGACCCCUUUGAAGGCAACGUGGAAAGCUUCUCCGGCAUUGACAUAGCUCUUGAUCUAGUCUCGUCCAAAGGACAGUCUAAAGUGGCUACCCGACUACUCUCUGAUGGCACACCAAUUGACGCUUCACAGAUGGGGUCAUUGAAGAAGGCCGAAUUUGCUCUGACCUGGUUUUGGGUCGUGUUUCUGACAUUCCCAAGAAUCGUCAGGGAAGCGGCGUCCUUGUUCUUUUACCACCAGCUACAUGUCUGGUACCGACCGGAGCCGUUAAAGGAUAGCCUUGGGAGGCUCGCAAACAGUACCGAAGCGAAACUGGAGUCAAUUUUUCGUCAAUACCUACGAUUUCUCGUCGAACAAUCGUCAAGCCCGCUGAGUGUGACUUAUGUCCCAAGUGGCCUUCAAGAGAGCAGCGAGGAAACCUUCACCUCUCCAGAAUCAUCGGGUCACCAGGAGCAAAUUGAGCACGUGAAGAUCAAAAUCCUUACGCCCGUCUUCUACUCUCGGUUUGUUCAUUAUGCGCAUGACUUUGAGGCCAUAUUCUGCGAACUGGCGGAAAAUUGCACCAUAUGGGUUGACCGGCCUGAAACGUUACCCAAAAUCUUUCUGAAGAAGCAGCCCCCGCCCUUAUAUGUACCGGGCUUUAUGGAUUUCCUGUAUUUCAAGACAAUCCAGCGGCUGCGGCGUCGGCCGCCAAAUAUUAUGCGCCCGAUGACUUCGGCCGAUUCAGCCGGAUCUACGACGACUCCAGAGGACCUCCGAGGCUUUCGGAUAUCGCCCAUGGAUGCAUUUGUUCUGGAGCACUCCAGCAGGGAAACACGAGCAUCCUAUCGAUCACUGCUAGCUCGAAUGUUUGUGGCAGACCGGUUCUUCUUUAGCAUACCCGAGAUCAUUGAUGCUGUACUGUUAAUCGGGCGUCUUAGCGUUGCCUCGUGGUUGCUGUCCUUUGGGUCGGCAAUACCACGCUGA